CUAGUGCUAUACAAUAUACAUAGAGGCGGUCACAGCAAAAAUAACAGCCAGCUUCAACGAUCCCUCGGAACUAAUUUUCUUUCUCUUCAAGAAGUAGCGAUCGAAGCCUCUUAAAACGGUUUUGUUUGGUCUUCUUUCUGUGCCCUAAAAUAUGCUUCCACUUUCUCUACUUAAGAGUGCCCAAGGGCACCCAAUGUUGGUGGAACUGAAAAAUGGGGAGACCUACAAUGGGCAUUUGGUCAACUGUGAUACUUGGAUGAACAUUCAUCUUCGUGAAGUUAUCUGUACCUCUAAAGAUGGUGAUCGAUUUUGGCGAAUGCCUGAAUGCUACAUCCGUGGGAAUACAAUCAAGUACCUUCGAGUUCCUGAUGAGGUGAUAGAUAAAGUUCAGGAAGAAACCAAGAACCGCUCAGAUAGGAGGCCACUUGGGGUAGGGCGCGGAAGAGGACGAGGUAGGGAGGAUGGUCCUGGAGGACGCCAAGCAAAAGGAAUUGGGCGUGGUUUGGAUGAUGGAAGUGCUAAGGGUCCCGGUGGAGGCCGAGGCAGAGGUGGAUCUGGUGGAAAGACCGGCGGAAACAGAGGUGUAGGGCGUGGCCGUGGCUGAUUUAUGUUACGGUGUGGAACAACUUCUAAUAAACAGCAUAAAGGCAUUGGUGUCCAACCUCAUAUGUACUGUCUGGGUGGUUAAUAUUUUUUGGGUAACGUCCGGAUGGUUAGUUGCUCCAAUGUUUCCCCGUCCUCAAAAGAGUUUAUUCACUUGGAAUGCUUAAUUUUAUGUAGCUAUUGUAGGUGCUGUAUCGCAGAACUUAGUGUGAAGCUUGUACUUUGAUUUUUCUGUUUAGCUCAACGAUUCAAACUUAACCCAAAAAAAAUAAAAUAAAAAAGAGCUCAAUGAUUGGGUGGUUUUUUU